AUGUCAUGUAAGCAUCAGAAAACAAUCAUUUUGAAAGCCUUGCAUGAUGACAACCACUCAGCAGAGGGAAGUCAGUUCGAAGGUGCCGUGCUGGACAACUUAGUGGAUCCCGUCAAGCAUCUGCAAGUUAGCGAGACCGACAGGGCUGUGGUCUACGCUACGCCGCUGGUGCCGCUCUUGCAGGAUGGAUUUGACAACAGCCGGGCUGCAGAGAAGACCUUCAGUGAUCCAUCUCUGGAACCCAGUUCACCAUCUCUUUUAGCUUCUGUAGGUCAAACCCAGCUGAGGGCUGUCAAGCUUUUCAAGGCGCUGGAGGCGCUUGAGGGAGGACAGAUGACUGGAAACCUACCUCCCAAGGAUGUGGUCAAGGAGCUCAAGAUGAUGGUCCUGGCCCAGAAGCACAAAUCCAUCAUUAGGUUGCAUGCUCUUUCCAGGGUUCCUACUGGAUGGGCACUGCUGACAGACUGGUGCGCUGGCGGCUCUUUGCUGCACCAUCUGGCGGCUGAUGGUCGGCAGCCUGAGGGCCAAGCCAUGCUGCUGCAAAGGCAGCUUCUGGUCGGCCUGGCGCACCUCCACCAGCGAGGAAUUGUCCACAGAGACGUGAAGCUUGAGCACAUCCUGCUUCGCUCUGCGAACAAGCUGGUGCUAUCUGGUUUUGGUCUUGCCGCACCCAUUUCAGAAGCGCGUGAAGCCACGGAACCAGUGGGAACGGUCGGCUACAUGGCACCGGAGGUCAUUCGAUACACCCCGGCUUUAGAACCUGCCGACGUUUUUGCAGCAGGUGUGGUGCUCUACACCAUGCUGCUUGGUCGCCAGCCUUUUGGCCGGGAAACCCCUGCCGAGGAGACCAAGUACAGGACAACUUGCACAGAG